GGAGAUGCUGAGCGUCACUCACUGCUCUGCCACUUUCCACCGGAGGACGCAGCCGCUUCGCUCCAGCCUCGUUACAUGCGCAGUGCUGCCGUGAAUCACACAUCACCACGGCAACCGGCGCUCACGCCGAGUCCCCGUCAGCAGCAUCAGUGAGGUCCGACCAUCCACAGGCGAGCGGAGAGCACAGAAACACGACCACAGAAACUCCAUACAAGCUUCUGGCAGCACUGUCAUAUUUGGCCUCAACUCACACAGUCUGUCCAUCCCUGCUUUCCAGCUCUGUCCAGUCAUUUCCAGGCAGCCAUGGUGAAGCUAGGCAGCAAUCUGUCAGGGAAGCUGGAGAAACAGCCAUCUGUGGACGAUGGCUUUGAUAACAUCCCCCUCAUUACGCCCCUGGAGGUCAACCAGCUCCAGCACCCAUUCUCAGACAAGAUCAUUGUGAAGACAUCGACGCAGUACCAGCUGCAGCAGAAGAAUAAGAACAAGCUGUACGUGCCAAACAUCAGGAAGCUGAACAUUAACUUCUACAGUGACGUUUCAGAUAAAGCCAAGAUCACAGGCUUGAUCCUCAUCACUUUGGCCUUUUUGACCAGCCUGCUCCUCCUGCUCAUGUACAAGGCCAUGUGGUAUGACCAACUUACCUGCCCAGAGGGAUUUAUCCUUAAGAAGCACUGCAGCCCGACAGCUCUGGAGAUGUACUUCACAGAGCAGCAGCAGCAGCAGCAGCAGCAGCAGCAGCAGGGGCCAGGCGUCCACGGCAGCAUCAGCACUGGCCUGUACACUGCGCUCAGCCACCUUAACCAGGUCAGGAGGCCUGGACCUGAGCUGCCAUCACCAUGGUUACCAGUAAUCAGCGCUCUGAAGGAGGCUGAGGUCGCCAAACAGGGCAGCGAGGCACUGAAAAGAAAGCCAGAAGGAGAGGUGUGAAGGGUCUGAUGGAAAUGUAUUGAAGGUGUAAGAGAAAGACACAAUAAUGUGUGUCUGUGUGUGUGUGUGUGUGUGUGUGUGUGUGUGUGUGUGGGCACGACUUAAGAAUAUGUUUCCAUUGUCUGUUUCUGAGUAUGUGCCAAACAUUUCACUCAAUGGUGUAAAUUACGAGUAUAUUCGACAUCAAUUUUCUGUUGACAUUUAGUAGCAAAUACUUCAUAUUUAAUAAUUCAGAUACUCGACCUGUAUUUGUGGGUUUUUUUGUGUGUUUACCUCUAAAACCAUCGCUGUGGUCGCAGGUGACAGUGACUCAGUCCUUGCUGCUGCAGCCCCGUUAAUUAAUGGUUUCCAUUAUCCAGUUCUAGUGCUAUACUCGGCUCUACUCGGUUUGGGUAUCGGUUAUUAUAGUUAACAAAAACGAAAUAGCGAAAACCAAAUUUGAAAAAAACAUUUUUUGUUAACUAAAAUAAAAAUAAAAACUAGAGUAAAAAAAAAAAUGAAACUGAAUGGUGUUUAUAAAACAAACUAAAAUUGUAGCGAAAAUUUGCUCAGUUUUAUAUAUUUAUUUCAUACAUAACCCUUUUGGGUUCAUAGGAAGUGUAUUUAUUUUUUCUCUGCCGGCAAUUUUGAAAGGUUGUAUUUGAGACACAAUCCUUAUUAUCACCUUUUUGAAUCUUGCACCUGGCAAAUUCUCCAUGUUACAAAGAAAACCUAAAACUAAUAAAAACUAGCUAACCCGCUCUAGAAACGUAUUAAAACUAACUCAUUUUAAAAACAAAAAGUCAAAACUAACCUUGGUAUGAGGCACGUUGUUUUCCAUUACUUCAUAGGACCUGCUAAACGUGGGCGGGGUCGUCACAGCACGGCUGCGUGAAACUGCCGCAGCGUUGUUUUAUACGCGACACAAACACACAAACAAUGGAGGGACGUCUGCACAUGACGCUUCCUGUGGCGACACACAUUUUAACCUCCGCUCUGUUGGGACCUCGCCAGAACAGGUCCCCAAAAAGCACCGGGUACUAUCAAUAAUGGAAAGGCAAAAAGAAACAACCCAAAAAAACACCUUACAUACAAAUGCAAAGGUAUAAAAAAACAUACUUGGGAAAAAGUAGAGCUUCAGUACCACCACACUUCAUUGAACAAGUGUUAUGUAAUAAACUACCUAGAUUGCUAAUAGAUCAUGUCAACUGAUAUUACAGAGCAGAUUCAUUCAUUAAAAAAUCUUUAACAUGUUUGUUCUAUGCUCGUCCAGGGAAAGAAAGGUGUGUAAAGUGCAGGGUCGCACACACCGUAAAGGCAGUGAUUUGAUUUCUUAGACCUGGUUACAAUAAACCUGUGCUUUCAUUCUCAAGGUAGAGUUCAUUCAGACUGUGGGGAGGCUGCUCCACCACAGCCAUGGCAGCUUACUCGCUCCUGGUGCUCUGUCAGAUUUGUCUCCAUCUUUGUGAGGACCAGUUUGAGUUUUGACCUUACAGAGCGAGGCAUGUGUUUUCUGGUGUAUUUGAGGGUUAGGUUUUAGAGUUAGAAAUAGGUUUAAGUGAAAGUUAGAUUAAGUUUGGCAUUUGGUUAUAAUGGGGAAGGUUAUGCCAAGAGGAAAGGGAAUUCUUAUGCCAAGAAGUGUUCUGACGAAGAUAGAAGUGUGUGUGUGUGUGUGUGUGUGUGUGUGUGUGUGUGUACUUGUAUUGGUUACCUCUUUAGGACCUUGUCUAGUAUUAACGCUGACCUUGUCAGGACCAGUAGACCUAAACCUGGUUCAAAUGAAGCAAAACCUUGUUUCUGAGGAACUGGUUGUGUGGCUGAGAUUUAAAUUUAAAUCGGUAAGGUUAGUGGUAACCCUUUGUGCAGGCUGUCCAAAUGAAUUGAAGCCAAUGUAGUGUCCUAAGAAGAAUGGCUGCACAAGCAUGUGUGUGUGUGUGUGUCUGGCUACUUGUAUUUGUAUCCCUGUAAGGUCCAAAAAAACAUACAAACUCAUCAUUUUGUCUGGGCCCCACAACUUUACAAGGUUUUUUCAGGGUUAAGGCCUGGAUUUAGGUUAAGGGUUAGGUAUUUAGUUGUGAUGGUUAUGGUUAAGGGAUUAUGCACAUUAUGAUGUGUCCUCAGUAUGAUGCAAAAAGAAGUGUGUGUGUGUGUGUUGUGGUUUGAAACUGUGGCUUGUUAUUAAAGUGUAGAAGUCUGUGCCUGACUUUUACAGUGUUACUGAGUCAUAAGUAAGCUCAGCCAUCUGCAUUAUCUCUGUGUGUGUGUGUGUGUGUGUGUGUGUAUACCCUCGUGUUUGACAUCCAUGAGCACUGUGUUUGUGUGCACAUAGGAUUUGUGUACUUGUCAUGGAGAAAGUUGGAAGCGAGGGAAGAGCAGGCGAGGUGAGAACUCUGAGUGAGAAGUGAAAUCAACAGGUUUUUAAUGAGAUCACUGCACGUUUCUCUUCAUCACUUCAUAUCAUCUCGUCUGUUCACUCAGUCGUGUGUGUGUGUGUGUGUGUGUGUGUGAAAUCAACAGUGAAUGUGCUCACACUUCAGCCUCUGAGACAAGGAACUAACUGUCUCUUGUAAUGCGGCUGAAAAUGAUUUGAUCCCUCAUUCCAGAUUACAAAUCACAAAUUUGUACGAGCAUUAUGUCUGUUUUAAAACAAACCACAAAGUGGCUUUGCGUCGCAUUAAAUUGUUAUUAUUAUUAUUAUUGUUAUUAUUAACGUUGUUUUUUUUCCACUUGUAUGGGGAAUUAAUUGAAAUUAAUCAAAGAGUAAAUCUUGUUCAUUGUCUACAUAUGAAAAUAAUAAAGUGUGGAAAGAAUACAGGGAGCGGGAUCCUUUUAAAAGCCACUUAUUUGUGUAGUUUUCAUUUGAAGAGUCUCUAAUUUACGUCUUUUGUGCUCUUGUGCUGUAAUUAUGGAUGAAACUUGACAAUAUAUAUAUAUAGUAAUUGUUAUUAUGAAAACUUGAAAAGUCAACGUAUUAUUACAAAACUUCUUUGUGUUAAUGUGUUAACCGAUUGUGGAAUGUAAAAACUAUAUUAAUUAUGAUCUUUAUUUGUGUGACUAAUGUUUUUAUUUAUGUGAAUCACAGGGUCAAGAAUGUUUGAAGUAAACAACUUUUUUUUUUCUUCUCCAUGCAAAAUAUACUGUAAUUAUUCUUAACCAUGUACUAAACGAGUGCUUUCUAUUCAUUUCACGAGCAGAUUAUUAGCAUGUGUCUUUUUAAAUGGAAAACUUGUGUUUUGCAAAUCUUGUAACAAGCUUGUAAUGAUGAGGUUUGUUUGUCAGCUUAGCAGAGUCGUUCUCGAUCGUGGAGGAACAGUAUCGUGUGGCGUUCGUCUCUCUGAGACACCAAUGUUGAUUCUUAAUCAUAAAUGUCACCAUUUGUCUCACUUCA